GGUCUCUUGUUUGAGGGUGAGGAAGAAGCGGAAUCCGGCGAGGGAGGGAAGGAGGUGGUGGUGGUGUUUGAGUGGCAGAGUGGAGGGAGAGGGGGCAAGAUGGGAGGGGCUAUUCUUUCGGAAACGGUGACGGAGGUGCUGAUACCGGUAGCGUCGGUGGUGGGGAUAGCCUACGCGCUGCUGCAGUGGUUUCUGGUGUCAAGGGUGAAGCUGUCGCCGGAGCAGCUGCCCACCUCCUCCAACAACUCUUCCAAGAAGAACGGGUUGUCCGAGUACUUGGUGGAGGAGGAGGAAGGCCUCAGUGAUCAUAAUGUCGUCAGCAAGUGCGCGGAGAUUCAGAACGCCAUCUCUGAAGGCGCCACUUCGUUCCUCUUCACUGAAUAUCGAUACGUGGGGAUUUUCAUGGUUGCCUUUGCUGUGCUGAUCUUUCUGUUCCUCGGUUCUGUGGAGGGAUUCAGUACUAAAAGUAGACCAUGUACCUACAGCAAGGACAAAAUGUGCAAACCUGCCCUUGCCAAUGCAAUUUUCAGCACUGUAUCCUUCUUGCUAGGUGCAUUCACCUCCGUGGUGUCUGGAUUCCUUGGGAUGAAAAUAGCAACAUAUGCAAAUGCUCGGACAACUCUUGAAGCAAGGAAAGGUGUUGGAAAAGCUUUUAUUGUUGCAUUCAGGUCUGGUGCAGUUAUGGGAUUUCUUCUUGCUGCAAACGGUCUUCUUGUUCUCUAUAUUGCCAUCAACCUCUUCAAGAUAUAUUAUGGUGAUGACUGGGAAGGACUUUUCGAGUCAAUCACUGGCUACGGUCUUGGUGGUUCUUCUAUGGCUCUCUUUGGAAGAGUUGGUGGAGGCAUUUAUACUAAAGCUGCAGAUGUGGGUGCAGAUCUUGUAGGAAAGGUUGAGAGGAACAUCCCUGAGGAUGAUCCACGUAAUCCAGCUGUAAUUGCUGAUAAUGUUGGUGACAAUGUUGGAGAUAUUGCAGGAAUGGGAUCUGAUCUUUUUGGUUCAUACGCAGAGUCUACAUGUGCGGCACUUGUUGUGGGCUCUAUUUCUUCAUUCGGAAUCAACCACCAGUUCACCCCUAUGUGUUUCCCCUUGCUUGUGAGUUCUGGGGGUAUUAUAGUGUGCUUGGUAACCACACUCUUUGCAACUGACUUCUUUGAGAUUAAGGCGGUGAAGGAAAUUGAACCGGCAUUGAAGAAGCAGCUUAUCAUCUCCACAGUGCUAAUGACUGCUGGAGUUGCCAUUAUUUGCUGGCUUGCUCUCCCACCAUCCUUCACAAUUUUCAACUUUGGAUCUCAGAAGACCGUAAAGAACUGGCAACUCUUUUUCUGUGUGGCGGUUGGUUUGUGGUCUGGUCUUAUCAUUGGAUUUGUGACUGAAUUCUUUACAAGCAAUGCAUAUGGCCCCGUCCAGGAUGUUGCAGAUGCUUGCAGGACUGGUGCUGCGACCAAUGUUAUUUUUGGCCUUGCGUUGGGAUACAAGUCGGUCAUUAUUCCAAUUUUUGCUAUUGCUGUGAGCAUCUAUGUGAGUUUCAGUCUUGCUGCUAUGUACGGCAUUGCUAUGGCUGCCCUUGGAAUGCUGAGCACAAUUGCUACUGGGUUGGCAAUUGAUGCUUAUGGUCCAGUUAGCGACAAUGCUGGCGGUAUCGCAGAGAUGGCUGGAAUGAGCCAUAGGAUUCGUGAGAGAACUGAUGCUCUUGAUGCUGCUGGAAACACCACAGCUGCAAUUGGCAAGGGUUUUGCAAUUGGAUCGGCUGCUUUGGUCUCGUUGGCACUUUUUGGAGCAUUUGUUAGCCGUGCUGGAAUUGCUUUAGUUGAUGUGUUGUCCCCAAAAGUUUUCAUUGGGUUGAUCGUGGGUGCAAUGCUUCCUUACUGGUUCUCUGCUAUGACAAUGAAGAGCGUGGGCAGUGCAGCUCUCAAGAUGGUGGAGGAAGUCCGGCGACAGUUCAAUACAAUUCCAGGUCUCAUGGAAGGCCUUGCAAAACCAGACUAUGCCAACUGUGUGAAGAUAUCGACUGAUGCGUCAAUCCGGGAGAUGAUUCCGCCUGGCGCUCUCGUCAUGCUCACUCCCCUCAUCGCCGGGACCUUCUUUGGCGUUCAAACUCUGUCUGGAGUUUUGGCUGGCGCCCUUGUCUCUGGAGUACAAAUCGCUAUAUCAGCAUCAAAUACUGGCGGUGCAUGGGACAAUGCCAAGAAAUAUAUUGAGGCCGGUGUUACAGAGCACGCGAGGUCCCUUGGUCCUAAAGGAUCAGAUCCGCACAAGGCAGCCGUGAUAGGUGACACCAUCGGAGAUCCUUUGAAGGACACGUCUGGUCCAUCGCUCAACAUCUUGAUCAAGUUGAUGGCAGUCGAAUCGCUUGUGUUCGCGCCAUUCUUCGCCACUCAUGGAGGCAUCCUGUUCAAGAUCUAGACACCGGCAGGGAGAGAAUGGUGGUCGACGGUUGCUCCUUCUCCAGUGCCUCUAGUCUUCUUCUCUUCCUAGUCGUAGUUUUCUCCUCUUAUUUUCCCUUUCCUUGUCCCAGGCACUCGGUUAUCAUCUACAUGGUUGAGCGUUUUGGUUCUUCUCCUUUCUGUUUGAGAAAAGAGAGACUAGUCUAGUUUUCUGUUACCAUCCUUUCUCCUAUAAUUUUGGCUUUUGCCAUUAUCCUUUUUCUUUAUAUCAUGAGUGUAAGAAUCGUCGAUUUUCUUGGGCAAUAUAAAGAACCGACUUUUUGA